GUAACAGGGGAAAUUACAGCUUUCCAUGAACCAGGAAAAAAAGACAAUGCGAAUAUCUAGUCAAUAGUUUGUCAGAGGCUCUUUUCUGUUUUUGAUAGAAUCUUAUGCUUGUGAAAAUGUUUCUCUUUUCCUUGGUUCUUCUUCAGCUUCUUUCAGCUUUAAAUGCUGAAUCGUUGGUGGAUUUACCUUUAAAGUUGGAUGGUCAUGAGUCUUUAAUGCUUGAAGCAGUCUUAACCGCCCAGGCAAACGGUGAAAAAUAUUUUUUACAAGAGUUCAUAUCUGUGAAUCCAUAUGAUCAAGGAAAAAUUGAAAUUUCAUCUAAAUUGGAUUCAAUUAAAGUUCAUUAUGCUGUCUCACACAACGAACAUUUUGAAGCCAACAAACGGUUGGUUGUUCAAGAAACCUCAUGUGACCUUUUUAGUUACUCCACGAAAUGGGAUAAAAUGCUGCCAAAUAUUAAUAAACCAUUGUUGAAUCUCAUUUUGUUAUUGGGACCUUCUGUUUUUUAUCGAAUCAAUGGAUACUCGACUUCAUGGAAAAAAGUUGCCAGUUCGAAUGUUAGAGGCAAAAAUAUGAUUGGAUAUCAAACAACUAUAAACCAAAGGCUCAAGAUAACUUAUUACUACAAAUCGGAAUUCGAUAAAGAUGCUCGUAAACCAAGCAGGAUAGUAUUCGAUGGAUAUGAUCCUGGCUCCAGCUUCUCUCCUAAUGAAAAUUUGAUCAUGGAUAUUUAUUCAAUAGACGAAUCUCCGGUUGUACUUGCCGAGAAUGUUCAAGUUACUCCUGGAGUUGGCUGUCCACUUUAUGUAUCAGACUCGAAAGUCAUGCCUAGUUUGAGAACUACUCAAAUGCAAAUGAUUGUGCACGAAAGAGUUGUAGGAUCAUCGACAUCACUAACAAAAGAUGAGUACUAUAUAGAUACCGGCCGGUCACUAAUAAGACGGAUAACAACUCAUCUUGAAAUCACAGUCGAUGUAAUCUAUGAUUACAAUUUAGGUUUAAUUUACGUCUUACAAGAUCAAUCUUGUUUGAUUCAACCAAUGGGACUUACAACACCUGCCUUAGAUCAGAACGGUGCCUUUUCAUGGCAAAGUUUACUUUGGAUGGAUGUUGUUUAUUUCUACCUUGGUGAGGUUGAUUUUGAAUCAUACCCUGGUUUCAAAGUCUCAGCCUGGGAAGCAGUGGCCAAUGAUAUGACCCUUCAUAGUGGAAAGUAUGAUAAAGUGGUUACAACACUUUACUUGGCAAAAUCGGAUGAAAGAGAUCUUUUCUAUGGCUAUACUUUAGUUGGAUCUGUCAGGAAAGCAUAUAAAAAAGGUUCCAAUGGAAAUUAUAUUCUUGUGGAAACAACCAAGCGAAAUUACUAUGAUGCUAGAAGCACAGCUUCAGAAGAUGAAUUUAACGAUCGGUUCCAAGUUGGUGAUUGUUAUAAAAAUCCAGAGAGCAGAAUUGAACUGGCCUUCAAAUUAACAUGUUCAGCUCAAGGUUGCCGUAAGCUGGCUGAAGAUAUGUUGACGGAAUUCAAAUAUGCAUUCAAAUCAUACAUUCUCAGUGACUACACGAUCUCGCCUUUAAGAAUCGAUGAUAUUAGUUUUGUUAUCAAUGAGAAUCAAUUGGUGGCUUUUACAACAUUCCUAGAACGACCUACUUUCUCUUCUGCCUUCCAAAAGAGAGGAGUGUACAUUGGUUCAGAUUACCUAAACAAACUUUCUGGCGUUGAUAUGGCAGAUGAAUCUCAGUGUUUAGAUUAUCAAGCUGCAUAUUUUGCCCCAAUAAGAUAUGUGCUUUAUUGUACCAGAUCCAAGCGCCAAGUGUGUUAUCAUGUUGAAAAAGGAGCAACACUUCCUAUAGGUGGAAACGAAAACUAUUGCAAAGUUUAUGAUGUACCGUUGGGCAAUUUUCACAGAUUUGGUCAGGAGCUUAAUCUUAAAGAUGUCCAUAACUCCAUGCUUAAUAAAGCAAGUUAUUCCAUACUGUACUUUCAAGGAGUUAAAUAUCAAGUUGAAGAUGUGGUUGAUAAAACUCAGCUUUUCAAUGAUGAAGCCCAAUUCCCAUUUCAAGUAGCGAUACACGACGCGAGAAUCAAGGAAGACCAUAAUUUCCAAGUCGUUUAUGCUGAAAAGGUUGCUAAUUUGGGACAGUGUUACAGAGAGUGUUUACAUUCCGAUGAAACAAUUUGUGAAACAUUUUCAUAUUGUGAAGGCAGCACUGGCGUUGAAUGUUUAAUCACAAAAGCACCAUUUGAAACAAUAUCGGACAAUAUUACAAUUGACAAAAACUGUAACACAUACUCUAAAAAUUAUUACUCUGAUUAUUUUAAAGUAGCCCAGAAAAAAUUUAUAUCAACGGCUUCUGCCACAAUUAAUAUACCAUUGUAUGAUUGUGCUUCCCUUUGUCACUCCUCAAAAGGAUGCUACUCGUUCCAAUGGUGUGGUGGUUACUGUACCUUCGGCGGAUAUUUUACUGAUUCAAACUCUGAAUAUGAUGAAAAAUGUGAUAUUUACGUUCCCAAAGUCUCCAAUAAUUAUCAAAUCACUGGUAAAAAAAUAGUGGAGCAAGCAUAUCAUACUGAACUCAAUUUAAAUAUGGCUCAAUGUGCUUCUAUUUGUUAUGACAUAUCGGACGGUGAUCAAAAAUGCAAAUCAUUCAAUUAUUGCCCUAAAGGGAGGACACCAAGCUCAUGUUUAUUAACCACAUAUUCAGUUAAUGAUCCAAAUACGAAAACUAUUGAAUCAGAAAAUUGUUACAACUAUGAAAUCCUUGAAAAGGGUAAUAGUAAAAAAGUUAGCGUUAACGAAACACCGAAAGGAACUAGCAGCGGCGCAGCCUUUGGUAUUAUAAUGCUUUUCUUAGUUGGUGGCUUAGCAGUUGGUCUUGUGCUACCAAUUGCUUACGAUAAAGUAAAACUUUUACCAAGUGUAUCAUCAAUAAGAGAAAGAUUCCAACAAGGGUCAGCUGACGUAGGAUUUGGAUGGUCAAAACAAGUCAAUGAAGAUGAAGGUCGAUCCAGACUUGAUCAAACUACAAUUGAGUAGACCAGUGUGUACAGGGUUCAUACUCUACUUUGAAGCGCGUCAAAACCUGAACAAUCUUUCAGAUGCUUGACUUUGCAAGGUUAAUUUUACGAAGAUGUUUAUUGAAAGAAAUAAAUGUGAAAUUUUUAAUUUACUGAAA